UAGUGUUUUUUGAAAGAAAACUGCAGAGAUAGGAGGGAAGAGGGAAGGAGAUGGCAAGGGUAGAGAGAGGGAGUGGCAGAAGAGGAAUUCUAGUUGAUAUUUAGGCCAGGGAUAUUUACUCCUAGGACACAGAUACUAGCAGACCAGCUUCCUUUGCAGAGCCAUUGACCCCCAGGGAUCUCAGCUGAAUUCUUCCUGAUCUCCCCAGGAAAGAGAAGCAGUAUGAGCAUUGUGGGCAAAGUUAUUAAAUGCAAGGCUGCCAUUGUCUGGAAAGCAGGGAAACCCUUUUCUCUUGAGGAAGUUGAAGUUUCCCCUCCCAAAGAACAUGAAAUCCGAGUUAAGAUUGUUGCCACCAGCGUGUGCCGCACUGACGAUCAUGCCAUGCGUCCAAGUUUUAAAGAGGGCCUUUUCCCUGUCAUACUAGGACAUGAGGGAGCUGGGAUUGUGGAGAGCAUUGGUCCAGGUGUGACUAAAUUUCAACCAGGUGACAAGGUUAUUCCGCUGUACCUUCCUCAGUGUGGACAAUGCAAGUUCUGCUUGAGUCCCAAAACUAACCUCUGUGAACAGAUCAGCAAAGCAAAGACACCGAUUUCUGACCAAGACCUGAUGCUCGAUGGCACAAGCAGGUUCACUUGCAAAGGGCAGCAGAUAUACCACUUCAUGGGAACCAGCACCUUCUCAGAAUACACAGUUGUGGUAGAAAGCUCCCUUGCCAAAAUUGAUCCUGCUGCUCCUCUAGAGAAAGUCUGUUUGAUUGGAUGUGGUUUUUCCACUGGUUAUGGGGCUGCCAUUAAUACUGCCAAGGUUGAGCCUGGAUCUACAUGUGCCGUCUUUGGUUUGGGAGGGGUCGGCCUUUCUGCUAUCAUAGGUUGCAAAGCAGCUGGAGCAUCUCGUAUCUUUGGGAUUGACAUUAACAAAAACAAAUUUGCACUAGCGCAAGAGCUGGGAGCCACCACAUGCCUCAGCCCUCAGGAUUUUAAGAAACCCAUCCAAGAGGUUAUAGCCGAAAUGACCAACGGAGGAGUAGAUUUUGCCAUUGAGUGCAGUGGAAACAUUAAAGUUAUGAAAGCAGCUGUCAGCUGCACCACUGUAGGCUGGGGCACCUGUGCAAUUGUUGGAGUGGCUAUAGGUGAAGAAGGAUUCAUUGUUUCUCCAAUGGAGCUGAUAAUGGGUCGGAAAAUCAAUGCCACCUUUUUUGGAGGCUGGAAGAGCAUAGAUUCUGUACCAAAGCUGGUGUUAGAUUAUAUGGCAGGGAAAUUCAACCUUGAUGCACUAGUGUCCUACACUUUGCCUUUUGAUAAAAUCAAUGAAGCAUUUGAUCUUAUGCGUCAAGGGAAAAGCAACCGAACUGUCUUGGUGUAUUAAGAAUCUAGUUCAAACUGUGGAGGACAAGAAGCCCAGCAAAGUGAGAUCCAAAUCUUCCUCAGACUUCUGACUCAUUUAACUCCUUGUACAUUAUUUGCACAAGCAUUUCUUUAUGGUACCUCUAACUCAUUAAGCAAUAGCUAUAAACUUUUAAGGCAACUUUAGCUCCUGUGCAGUCACAUCACUGUUAAUCCUGGCACCAGUCCAUGGGUUAGUCUCUAGAUAUAAAUGUUGUGUCGAUGCAUCACAUUUCUAUAUGUGGAUCAGCAGAUGUAGAGUCACUUUUGUGCAAAAGCCCUUUUCUGCUAAAGCAAUUAUGUGUAAAAUUAUUUAUAGAUGAUAUUUAAUAUGAUGUCACAAUAAAGCAUAUGCGAUAAGUUUCCUGG